AAGACACAGACAGGAAAUGAGAAUGUGUUAGAGAAUUUAUGAGAAAAGGGAGGGACUUGGAGGAGAAGGGAGACACACCGGUGGAGUUACCUCAUUUGGUGAGGUCGAACCCAUUUUUUUCAUUCAUCUUCUGCCAUUAUAAAGCAGAAAUCACUUAAUACAUCAACAUUACUUUUCUCACCCAAUCUUUACCUAAUAGAAGAAAAUCUACUAAACAUUUAAUGCAAGAUUACUUUCAAAGAUUUGCUGCCAUUUGUGCGGCUCCAUGUGCUGUGCUUUGCUGCUACUUUGCAGCCUUUCAUUUGCAUUUCAUUUGCUGUUCAUUUCAGCCUCGUUUCAUCAACAUUUGCAGCUUCGUUUGCUGCACUUUGCUACUGCUCUUGGUGCAGCUCUCCCUUCAUUUCAUUUUGCUGCCAUUUGUGCAGCUUUCUUUUCAUUUGCUGCUCUUGGUGCAGCUUUCACACCACAACUCCAACAGAAUGCAAAUAAUUUUCAUACAUGAGAAUGCCUAGUUAAUCACACAUAAUGCUAGAAUAGAAGCCCCAUUGUUAAGAAAGACAAGUAAGCAGUCCCUUAGAUUAAUUCAUCAUUUGAAUUUCAAUACAAUCACCUUAUAACUCAAAUUUCAAACUCCUGGUGGAGGGAAUGGAGGUCUAUGAGAGUUAGGAAUACAUACAUCCUUUGUUAUAUCCUCAUGCAAGCAUCUAGCCUUCUGUUCAAGCUUCUCUUGUCAACCAAUAUUGUGAAAGACUAUUGAAUAACCAGCUUCCAAUUUUUCAUCUUAAACUUCUGUAAAAUCCUAAUUCCUAAGUAAACCAAAAAGAACAGAAAUAAAUAUGAAAACAUCUUAGAUCUUAAUCUUUGCAUAUGAUUCUUCUAUUAAUUUUCCACUCCCUUACUAAAAAGUUCUUUACCAAGAUUUCAUUUCUGUUUUUAAGGAAGGGCCUUUGAAUAGAAGUGUACAACAAUCUCAGGAUCCAAGAGAGAGCCAUAUUAAAAAGUGGUAAUUGCUGCAUAGAACAAGAUCAAAUGCAUUGUGACAGCAAGAACUUACAACAAUAGGUUUUUUUACCAGGCCAUCUAUCACUUUCUGACACAAAUCCUCACACAGUUCCUGUUAACAAAACACCAUCCAAUUUGCAAAAAUCAAAGUCAUGGAAAAUCCCAUGAUACUUUCCGGGAAGAGGGACCAUGCACUUGUGAAAGAUAAACAGACAUAUCACUAGAAUCAGUUUGACAAAAGCUUAGGAUAAGGACUUCUUUUACUAAGCCAGAACUAAGCUGG